AUGGAGGCUUCUCUGGGAUCGCUACAGAACAAUGAUUUAAGCUCUGUCCUGUCGUCAUGUGAGCCAGAGUUGCAAGAACUGAUGCGACAGAUUGACAUUAUGGUCAAUCAUAAGAAGAACGAGUGGGAGGCUGCGAUGCAGGCAAUGGAACUACGCCUGCAAACAGGAGAACGUGAGCUUUUGUCCUCAAGGAGUCUUGUUGAGCAGAAGGACUUGGAGAUUGGAUUGCUUCAAAAACAACUAGAUGAUUUGCAUACUAGAAGACAAGAGAUGGUUGCCAGUUAUGAACAACAGCUACAAAAUGUCAGAGAUGAGUUAACUAAAUUAAAGCGGCUCAAUCAGAGGCACCAACGGAAACAGCUUAAGGAGGCCAGCGGCGGAGCAAGGAAUAAAGAGGGGGAACAUUCAGAGGUGACAAACUGCAGUAACAAAGUUGAGGAAAAUCACAAGCGCUCUUCAGAGUGGGAGCAGCAGAGGGUCCAGUAUCAGGAACAGCUGAUGUCACUUGGAGCCCAAAAGAGGGACCUGGAAGAAGUGUUAACAAACACGACAUUCCAAGGGGCAUCCUGGCAAAAGGAAAGGGAGGAUGAGGACUGCUGUUUAAAGCUGCAGCAGCUGCAUACCCAGCUAGAGAAGACUCAGGGCAUCCUUCACUCCCAGCAGCUUGAGCUGGAGCGCCUCCGAUCCCUGCAGGUGCUCGUAGAGGCAAAGGACGAGCUUCAUGCCACCCCAGACACCCACAAAAUGUUUGCGCAAAGGACUGGUCUUAAUCAGCAAAUGCUACACAAUGAGAUUGCUAGACUUAACCAAAGAUUGCAAGCUAAAGAUCAAGUAAUUGGUUCUCUGGAAGACUGUCUGGUAGCCCGAGGGUAUUCUGGUGUGAUCGUUCUCAGGCAGGAUCUGGAGAAGAUGGUAACAAAGCUGCAUUGUGCCAAUACCUCUGAGGUUCAACUCAAGGCUGAAAUAGCACAACUCAAAGACAGACUAGAGAUAGAGAGCAGACAUAAAGCAGACCACACCAAAAGGGGGCAAGAACUGAAGCGCAGCCGAGAGGUGCAUGAUUGCACUGUCACAGAGAUGAAAAAGGGUACCCAGGUGCAGUUGGAGAUGAUGAAGGCAGAGAACCAACAUUUGCGUGGCCUACUGGAGAGAUUGGAGCCUCGAUCACCCAAGAAGGGGGAUUCUUCGCCAGCAUCCCUUAGGGAAAGCUAUGUGUCAUCUGUGAGCAGCCUGGAGCAGGAGAAUAGGCAACUAAGGAAAGAACUGGCUGACAUGUAUGCCUGCUUUGAGACCUCCACUAAGUCUUGGCAGGACAAAUAUGAAAGAGCUCUGCAAAACCUGGCCAAGACCACUCCACUCCACUCUAUACAGGACAGGAAUGAAGAUGCCAGACCACACAAACACAAGGAGGAGAUGGAGGCCAUGAAAGCUAAGCUGCAGGAGAACACCAGUCACUAUGAGGGAGAGAUCCAACGGCUCCUUAAAUUGCUGGAGUCCCUCUCCCAUUCCACUAGCCAACGGUAUUGUGACUCCGUCCGAGACAACAAAUCUAUUUCACCAGCCUCCUCCUCCUGUUCCUCGUACUCCUCCAACACAGGGAGAAGAUCCAAGGAAAACUCGGUACCUUCUGCUAUUCCUAGUGAUUUGUUUGCUGAGGGUCAGAGCAUCAGUUCUGAGAAGGCUUUGAACCUACCGGCCAGAGAAGACCUCAUGCCAUUGGAAGGAUCAACAAUGUCACCCACAGACAGCGUGGUGUCUCGCUUCAUGGAGGAGGAGACCUUGCGUUCUCAGGAACUACUCCAAAGGCUAGACAUCCACAUCCAGGGAAUGAGAGAGGAGAAUGACAAAACUGUGUUGAAAUACCAACACCAUCUCUUAGUGCCUCGCCCUGAACAGACCCGCCAGUCACAGAACAGUCAAUGAUGAGCUCUACUGUUACUCAUGAUUAGGUUUGUCAUUCUGCUAAGUUUAUUAGUAUCUAGAGAAAUUAACAGAAAAGCUGCAUGAGAGACAAGAGGGGAUGGAAUGUGGCAUGGGUUGCAUGCUUGACUUUAAAAUCACAAGUGUUUCAAUUGUGCCCUCUUGGCUCAGUUUCAUAGUCUUCCUCGUCAAAUCUCUUUUCUAAGCACUUUGCACAGCUACACCUUGAAUAGAGGAUGGUAGUCCAGGGCCAUUUCUGUUCUUUGAAGUUUUUUCUGAAGUAAAUUACUGUUUGUAUUGUCUUUCUAUUACACUCUCCUUUUCUGUCAUUUGUAUUUGAAUUACCUGUAUGUAAUUACCUGUAAACUGUGCUCUUUAUUGUGUUUGUAAUUGAGACUAAUUUGUGUUGAGUUGUCUGACAGGUUUUAAAUAUUGGUGGUUUUUCUGAUGCUAUCAGAUAUCCAUAGUACAACGUAUCAAACUUGUUUUUGCUUCAGGUUUUCUUAGAGAAUCCUGGACAUGACUAAAUCAUCUCACUAUUACUCUUGUCACUAAGGAUGCUGGUUGUGCAUGCUCUAUUUUCCUCGGAUAGCGCUUUUUUUUCUUCUUUUUUUUUUGUGAAUACGUGCCUUGCAUUUGACCAAAGCUCUGAAAAAAGAAUGUUGUAAUGAGCCAAGGGAGUCAUUAUCCUCUCUGUGCCAUGAAUGGAAAAGCCAUCAAAUAUGCCCAUCCCUGUCCAGAGAUCCCAGGGAGCAGAAGGGGAGAGAGGACUGUUCAUAGCUGCCCUCAUUUUCUUAGCUACCAUCUCCCAAGUCCCCUUUGUCAGCUCUGGACAGCAUCUAGUAGAGACCCUUGCAAAGUUCUAGUGGAGGAGGAAUGUGAGCACCAUGCCAAUGCAGUGAUGAGCCUCCCCCACAACCUGCCUCUUGCUCAUCAUGAGAGAGCUUAUGGAAUGUUAAUAUCAACCAUGUGGGACAUUGAAUUUCAGGAACGCUGAAAGGCCAGAAAGGGGAACUGUCUUGUGUUUUAUUGAUGUCCUAAUACAGGAGGCACUAAUAAUAUGAAGAUGUGAAAUGAAGGGGUAAGAAACAUGUCUGUAGAUGAGGUGAUUAUGGAAAUAUGUGCAGGCAGUCCUCUUUCCAGUGGGUUUUGCCUUGGUAUGUGUUAAACAACAUUACAAAGAAUGCAAGUCUUAAUAAUAAAGAACGAGGAAUUUGGCAGGGAAGACAUUCCUCUCUCUGUG